AUGUCGGGGCUCUACAGCCAGGGGUUCUCCCCCGCGCGAAACCUCUCCCCUCAGAUUAGAAGCAAUCCGGAUGUUGAUAGUCAGUACUUGGCCGAGCUGCUCGCCGAACACCAGAAGCUGGGGCCUUUCAUGCAGGUGCUGCCCAUAUGCAACAAGCUGCUGAGCCAAGAGAUUAUGCGGGUAUCAAGCAUUGUCCACAACCAUGGAUUUGGCGAUUUCGACAGGCAUCGGUUUAGAAGUCCUAGUCCGAUGUCUUCUCCAAACCCUAGAGCUAAUCUCCCUGGCAAUGGGUUCAGUCCUUGGAGUGGACUACAAGAGAGAUUAGGUUUUCCUCAAGGAACUAGCAUGGACUGGCAAGGAGCACCACCAAGUCCUAGCUCCCAUGUUGUAAAGAAGAUUCUUCGUCUGGAGGUUCCAGUUGAUUCUUAUCCGAAUUUCAAUUUUGUGGGGCGCAUUUUAGGACCUAGAGGUAAUUCUCUAAAGCGCGUAGAAGCAUCCACUGGGUGUCGUGUUUUCAUUAGAGGAAAGGGUUCCAUCAAAGACCCAGGGAAGGAGGACAAACUACGAGGAAAACCAGGCUAUGAGCACCUGAGUGAUCCGCUGCAUAUCUUGAUAGAGGCCGAGUUCCCUGCCAGUAUCAUCGAUGCAAGGUUGAAACAUGCACAGGAGAUUAUAGAAGAAUUGCUUAAACCAGUGGAUGAGUCUCAAGAUUUCUACAAAAGGCAACAGCUCAGGGAGCUGGCAAUGCUAAACUCAACCCUGAGAGAGGACAGCCCUCAUCCUGGGAGUGUCUCUCCAUUCAGUAAUGGUGGUAUGAAACGUGCGAAAACAGGCCAGUAG